AUGUCAUCAUCAAUUUUGAAGAAAUCAGCAAAAGAUAUAGUAAUCUUAUCAGCAUUACGUACACCAAUAACAAAAUCAAUAAAAGGUGGAUUAUCACAAUUGUAUCCAGAAGAAUUAUUAUAUCAAAUAUUAAAAGGUUCAAUUGAAAAAUCAAAAGUUGAUCCAAAUUUAAUUGAUGAUAUUUUAGUUGGUGCAGUUUUACAAACAUUAGGAGGUCAAAAAGCAAGUGCAUUAGCUGCAAAAAAAGUUGGAUUUCCAAUAAAAACUACAAUCAAUACUGUUAAUCGUCAAUGUGGAUCCUCAGCACAAGCCAUAACUUACAGUGCUGGCUCAUUAUUAAGUGGUGAAAAUCAAUUUGCCAUAGCAGCCGGUGUUGAAUCAAUGACUCAUGAUUAUUUCCCACAUAGAGGUAUACCAACUAGAAUUUAUCAACCAUUCAUGGAAGAUUCAAGCGAUGAGGCUAAAAAUGUAUUAAUGCCAAUGGGCUUAACUAGUGAAUUAGUUGCUGAAAAAUUUGGUAUUGGAAGAAAAGUACAAGAUGAAUUUGCUGUUCAAUCGCAUUUAAAAGCUGCUAAAGCUAUAGAAUCUGGUCAUUUUGCUAAGGAAAUAAUCCCUGUACAAGCUAGAAAUGAAGAUGGCUCUUCUAAAGUUGUGGAAACAGAUGAUGGUGUUAGAGCAGGAUCUACAUUUGAAAAAUUAUCAACUUUAAAACCAGUUUUCAAAGAAGAUGGGUUUACAACCGCUGGUAAUUCUUCACAAAUUUCUGAUGGAGCAUCGGCUGUUAUCUUAACAACAAGAGAGAAUGCUGAAAAACAUGGAUAUAAACCAAUAGCUAAAUUUGUUGGAUCAAGUGUUGCAGGUGUACCUUCUAAUCUUAUGGGAAUUGGACCAUCUGAAGCAAUUCCUCAAUUAUUGAAAAGAUUUGGUUUAACAAAUUCAGAUAUUGAUAUUUUCGAAUUAAAUGAAGCAUUUGCAUCUCAAUCAAUAUAUUGUAUUGAUAAAUUGAAUUUAGAUUAUUCAAAAGUAAAUCCAUAUGGUGGAGCAAUUGCUAUUGGUCAUCCAUUGGGUGCUACUGGUGGUAGAGUUACCGCUACAUUAUUGAAUGGAUUAAAAGCACAACAAAAAGACUUAGGUGUUAUUUCAAUGUGUACCUCUACUGGUCAAGGUUAUGCUGGUUUAUUUGUGAAUGAACAAGAUUAA